UCGUCAUGACACGAGCUGCCGCCCGGACCUAUCGCAACUAGCUGGCGCAGCAGUCCCAGCGUUGAGUCAAUGUUGCAUCUGCGAGGCAGCGGCGUCUCUGCUCUGCUGUUCGGAGGCAGCUGAGGUGACACGCAGCGGCCCCCCGACGUCGCCCGAACCAGAACCCGGACCCGGACCCGUGUCGUCGCUCCGCCGCCGUGUUCGAUCCGCCGCUCGCGAGGUGGUCGCCAAUGCCCCCAGUGAGCUGCCCUCGCACCGAUUUCGACCUGAGCUGCUGCAAGCUAGCGCUAGCUCGCUGCCGCUACGCUUCAGACGCUGAAGUGGCCACAUAAACAUGCGGAUCAUCGAGGCGGAGACCCCUGGGACAUCUUUAACGUCAAACGCUUCCUGCAGGACACGAGUUUCCACCGGCCGCUGACUGGACUCCGCAGAGCCUCUGUGGAGGGCAAAGAGCAACGGAUCACACGGACCAGAUUGCCUGCUGAACUUUUUGCCUGUCAGACAGAUCGCCAGAGACCAUGCUGAGCAUCCUAGCUGCUGGGUCUGUGUUCUUUCCGGGCCUUUUCCUGCUGUCCAAGCAAUGCCUGAAGUCCAUCCCUGCGCUGAGAUGGAGCGAGGGCGACGCAGUCAUCGUGUCUGCCAGGUUGGUCUCAUCAAUUCAGGCAGUCAUGGCUUCUUCAGCUGGAUACAUUAUUUCUUCUUCCUGCAAGGACAUCAUUGAGGACCAGCAUUGGUUGACUAGCUCCUACAUCCUGUUUGCUGUUCCCUACUUCGUGUAUGACAUCUACGCAAUGUUCAUGUGCUACUGGUACAAACUACGGGUCAAAGGACACGAGGAGGCUUCAGCAGCGCCGCAGCACAUGAGCUCUGCUCUGAAGAGCUACCUGCGUCGCGAGUUCCUCAUGGUGCUGCACCACGUUGUCAUGGUCACCGUCUGCUUCCCCGUUUCUGUGUUUUGGCGACAAGGGAGGGGAGAUUAUUUCCAAGGUGUAAUGUUCAUGGCUGAGCUCAGCACUCCAUCCGUCUGCUUAGGAAAAAUCCUCAUCCAGUACAAACAGCAACACACUCUCCUGCACAAAGUGAAUGGGGCUCUUAUGCUGAUCACUUUUUUCAUCUGUCGAGUCCUCCUCUUCCCUUACCUCUACUACGUCUAUGGAAGGUAUGCGUCCAUUCCCUUCCACAUGGUCCCUUUCUCGGUGCCCUGGCACUGUAACCUUGGAGCUGCUCUGCUCAUGGCGCCCCAGCUCUAUUGGUUCUCUCUAAUUUGCAGAGGCGCCCUGCGGCUAUUUCUGGGCACCUCCCGCUCACAGCGGCCGCGCCCGGCCACAGACGCACCAAAACAACCCCUGGCUGACGGCAACACCCUGCCCCAGCCCGCCAACGGCUACAGCACGCGCUCCACAGAGCCAGAGCUGACCACUCACUGAGAGGAGUGGAGCGCGAGGAGGGAAGGAAGGCGAAUGUACCAAUAAGUAUGUAAAGGAAGUUUUGAGGGAAAAGUGAGACUUGAAGUAGUAGCAAUAUGAAGGAAACUACAGACAAUUGCCUCAAAUAGAGCUGAAGUCUUUGUAGCCAACAGUCAAACUUUCACAGCUUAAUGGUUUGGUUGCUGGCCUUCAGUGUUUCAGCUUCAGUAUUUAAAGAUGUCAUCAGGCACUGUGACAGGUAAGAACAUGCACUGACCUGAGAGGAAUUCGCCUGGAUUUAUAGCAAGUAUAGGUUGCUACUUUCCUCAUGUAGAUCAAAUUCAGUCCUCUCUGCCUCGCAGUAUAGGAAGAGCAGGAAUAUAGGAAUGUAUUAUAUUGUAUGUUAGUACAUUUGCUGUAGUUGAAAGGCCUGAUUCAGUUUAGUGAUGAUGAAGACCUUCAAAAAAGAAAAAAAAUCCUGGCUAAGCAGUAUUUUGACUUGUUAGUGUUUAUUAUCUGUAUCCUCUAUGUAGUCACUGUCAUUCUAACAAAAUGUAACCAACCUACAGACUGACUCAUCAUUAGAAGGGAGAUAAUUUCAUGAGACUGUAUUCUGCUGCCUUAUCCCUUUUCCCCCUUCUUUGCAACUUCGUUAUUUAUUUUUUUAAUCCUCAUAGGAGAAGGAAGACGUUUCCCUUGGACAGAAAAAUGUCACAGGUGUACAUAGCCGAUGUAUAAUUAUCCUUAUUUCUAUGUCAGUAUUAGGUCAAUUAUCAUUUUUUAAGGUUCUGUCUCAUUUCAGUAUCUGAUGUUUCUGCAGGUAUUUUUGGACAAUGACACUUUAGCAUUGAAACGAAGCAUUUCACAGUUUUACAGCUUAAUGUAAACAGAACCCAUUAAUGUUUUGGCAGUGCUUGUUUUAGCGUAGAUAUUACUUCAUUCCAUUUACUGGUAUCACAAAGUGUUUUUUUUGCAUUUUCCUUCCAGGGAAGUGAUGCACAGUAGCAGUCACUUUAAGCUGAAAAUACAUGUGUGUGGUGUUCUUUUGUGUUAAGUAUCCGUUUGAUUGGCUGAAACACUGAUCUGUGAGAUUUGGUUUUGGUUUUAGCUUUGAUGCAGCACUAGGAAGCGUUUUAAAGGGAAACAAAAUUCAAAAUGAACCUUUUAGUAGUAAUAUUCCUUUUGUAAUUGACAUCAAGCACAUUUGUCCAUGGCAACUUAUUUAGAUGUUGCUUGUUUAUUUAACUUAAUUGAAAUUACGCUUAUUUAUUUUGAACAUUAUAUGACUUGCUCAAAUCACUGAGCCACUGGUUCUGUGAACCUCCUAUUUAAACUGGCUUGUAUUCCCAUUUUAUGUAUGUAAUUAUACUGUCCUGGAAAAAAAACUAAUCCAAGCUCAGAAACCAUCAGGCAGGGCAGCGUGUACCAAAACCUCUGGACAACUGUGGGCAUGUUGAACAUAGAACAUCCAUUCCUCUGUUCCAUGGAUUUGUAAGGUACUGCUUCUUGACAAUACUAAAACAUUUCAACUGAUGUACUGUAUAUUCCACAAAAUGCUUGUUAUUUAUUUGUAAGUAUUUAUUUAUUUAUUUGGUUUGUGGUUUUGAAUGCAUACUUAUGCAUACAUAUUAUACUCUAUGCUUCUGAGCCUUAUGUGAAGGCUGUAUUGUUACUCGAACUUAGCUAAAAUAUACUUCUCUGUCCUGAA